GGUCCCUUCCAGCUCUGAGAUAGAUAGAUCUCUGUCUGUUACGUGAUAAAGGAGAAGGCCCCUGCCCUCCUCCAUUGGCUGGAAGGGACAAGAAGUUCUUUCUUCAUCCCCACCCAGAUGCUUCCUACCUGCUCUGAGCCAGAUCCAGGGCAGGGAUUUUGCUGCUCAAGAGCUUUCAUUUGAUCAGUCCUUCUGCCACCUGAGCAGUGGGAUCGUGGCAAGGGCUGAGCGGGGGACUCUUGUUGUUUCAGGGCUGGUGACCUUCGAGGACGUGGCUGUGUAUUUCACCCAGGGCUGGGGGCGCUCCCACUCAGAGAGCCCUCUACAGGGACGUCAUGCAGGAGAACGACGAGGCGGUGACCUCGCUGGUGGGUGACAAGAUAGUAAGUGAGGAGGUGGAAGAAAAUCCACGGCCAGUAGGCUGUAAGGACCCAGAACUUUGUGGGGUAUCAUCCAGAGGCUCCAAAGAAGACCUUACAUCCAGUCUCGAGCAGGGGAAACCCUCUGAGAAUCCGCACGGGUCCGAAAGGCAGCAGGGAAAGCAGCCAGGGACGAAAGGGAGUCCAUCCAUGAAUUCUAGUGGAGGUGGAAAGGACAUCUUGGAACCCUCAGUGCCCAGAGGGAAAAAAGAAACAGGCCCCGAAUGCAAGAAAAGAGUCAACAAGAGCAAACAACUUGGUCGCUAUCUGACCCCCGACGCGGGAGAGAAGCCCUACAAAUGCCUUGAGUGUGGGAAAAGCUUCAACCAGAGCUCCAACCUGAUUCUGCACCAGCGCACGCACACGGGCGAGAGGCCCUACAAAUGCCUCGACUGCGGGAAAAGCUUCAACCGGAGCUCGAGCCUCAUCGUGCACCAGCGGAUCCACACGGGGGACAAACCCCACAAGUGCCCCAAGUGCGGGAAGAGUUUCAUUCAGAGCUCCAACCUGACCACGCACCAGAAAAUCCACACGGGGGAAAAAAACUGCAAAUGCCCGGAAUGCGGGAAAAUGUUCAGCGAUAACUCCGCCCUGAUUAAGCACCGGAGAAUCCAUUCGGGACAGAAACCCUACAAAUGCCCGGAAUGCGGGAAAGGGUUUAGUGACAGCUCCACCUGCAUUCGACACCAGCGAACCCACACGGGAGAGAGACCUUAUAAAUGCCUCGACUGCGGGAAAAGCUUCAACCUCAGCUCAAACCUCAUUACCCACCGGAGGAUCCACACAGGGGAAAGACCCUAUAAAUGCCUCCUCUGCGGAAGAGGCUUCAGCCAGAAUUCGCACCUGAUUAAACACCACAAAAGAAUCCGCACAGACGAGAAAAAAAACACAUGCGCCGAGUGUGGGAAAACCUUCAAUCGGAGUUCCAACCUGAUUUCUCAUCGGCGGACCCACACGGGCGAGAAGCCUUAUAAAUGUACGGAGUGUGGGAAGCGCUUCAGUCAGACCUCCAACCUGAUUUCUCACCGGAGAAUCCACACGGGGGAGAGACCCUAUAAGUGUGUCGAGUGCGGGAAAAGCUUCAAUCAAAGUUCCAACCUUAUCACUCACCAAAGACUCCACACGGGAGACCGGCCCUACAAAUGCCCCGACUGCGGGGAAAACUUCAAUCAGAGCUCCGAUCUCAUCACACAUCAACGGCUGCACACGGGAGAGAGGCCCUACACGUGCCCGGACUGCGGGAAAAGUUUCAUUUGCCGCUCAAACCUCAUUUCGCAUCAGAGAAUCCACACGCGCGAAAGACCUUAUAAGUGCUUAGACUGUGGGGAAAGUUUUGACUGGAGCUCACAGCUGAUUAAACACCAGAUAUUCCAUACGGGGGAGAAACCCUAUAAAUGCUUGGACUGCGGGAAAAGCUUCAGUGACAGCUCGACCCUUAUUUCACACCGGCGAAUCCACACUGGGGAGAGACCUUAUAAAUGCCUUGACUGUGGGAAAAGCUUCCAUCAGAAUUCCACCCUUAUUAGGCACAGGAGGACCCACACUGGAGAGAAGCCUUAUAAAUGCGUUGACUGUGGGAAACGUUUCAAUCAAAGCUCCAACCUUACCACGCAUCAGAAACUUCACAUGGCCCAGAAGCCUUACAAAGGGGAAGAAAUGGGCAAAAACAUUAAUUGUAAGAGAAGAUGGAAGAAAACCGCAGCCCAAGAGAAAAUCCAGACGGAAGAGAAAAAAUACACAUGCACAGAGUGCUGGAAAAGCUUCAGUCGUAGUUCAAAUCUUAUAGCCCAUCAGCGAAUCCACACAGGAGAGAGACCCUUUAAAUGCACCGAGUGUGGGAAAAGCUUCAUUCAGAGGGUAAACCUCAUUUCUCAUCUGCGAAUUCACACGGGGGAGAGACCCUACAAAUGUACCGAGUGUGGGAGAAGCUUCAGUAAGAGAUCACACCUGAAUACACACACGAUAAUCCACACGGGAGAGAGACCUUAUAAAUGUACCGAGUGUGGGAAAAGCUUUGGGCAGCGCUCCCAGCUUAACACCCACAAAAUAAUCCAUACAGGAGACCCAUCUGAGAUAACCCACACCAGAGAGAAACACUAUACGUGCUUGGACUGUGGGGAAAACUUGAAGUGGAGCUCUGAGCUUGUUACACAUCAGAGACUCCACACGGGAGAGAUCCCGUACAAAUGCUUCGACUGUGGGAAAAGUUUCAUGCGUAGCUCCACCCUGAUCUUACACCAGAGAAUCCACACCAGAGAGACACCCUAUCAGUGCCCCAGCUGUGGGGAAAGAUUCAGAUGGAGUACACAGCUUGUGAAACAUCAGAUGCUCCACACAGGGGAGAGACCCUUUAAAUGCCCCGACUGUGGGAAAAGCUACAGCGACAGCUCGUCCCUUAUUUCACAUCAGCGAACCCACACGGGGGAAAAGCCCUAUACGUGCGUGGACUGUGGGAAAAGCUUCAAUCAAAACUCCACCCUGAACAGACACAAAAGACUCCACACGGGAGAGAAACCCUAUAAAUGCACCGAGUGCGGGAAAAGUUUCAGCCAGCGCUCAAACCUCAGUGUGCAUCAGCGACUCCACACGGGAGAGAAGCCCUAUAAAUGCAGCGAGUGCGGGAAGCGUUUCAAUCGGAGAUCCAACCUUCGCGUGCACAAAAAACUCCACAAAGAAGAGAAACCUUGAGAGUGGGAGAUGCCUUGAAAGGGGCUCCGAUUUCAUGAAGCAGUAGCAAAUCCAUACAGGGAAGAGACCUCUUCCGCAUUCUGAGCAUGGAGAAUACAUCAAGCAGAGUUAAUGGGCUUGUCUACCCUACGCAGCCUUGGCCGAGAGAGUUCCGCUGGCAGACUCACCCAAUGGAGAAACAGCGUAAGCUGAUGGAGAUCUUCUGCCAAAAUAGUUAUCCAGCCUCCUGGAAGGAGAUUAGCUAAACCCACUAAAGCACUAGCUGUGUCUAAACUCAGAAGUUUGCCAGUCCAGCCAUGGUGGCUGGAGGGGUGUGAUUUUUUUGGGGGGUAGGGGGGAGUUGGCUACAUUCUUAGCCAACAAAGCUAUGCCGGCAAUUAUGAAAGGAGCUAUCUUCUGUCAUCCAAUCCGAGCACAUGGCCAUCAGAGGUUUAGGGACCCCUAGAAGACAGAAUUACAUCCCAGACCACCUUGGCUAAUAGCCAUUGAUGGGCUCGUCCUUUUUAUCUAAUUCUUUUUUUUUUAACUCCCAAUUAUAAUUUUGGCCUUCACGAUAUCACC